AUGGCUUGCCUAGCCAUGCUGGAAGCAGAAGAGGUGAUCGGAGACAGGAUGUCGUUGACCUGGGGAGCGCUUGUCAUUGUUUGCUUCAUGUUCCACAUGCUCUUCAUUGCUGUCUGGGCCUAUGUCUUCUUCGACAACCCUGUGCACCGCAUUGCUACUCGGAUCGCUGAGCUGCCGCUGCCCCUGUAUGGCAACGCAGGCUGGUACCGAAGCCUGGUCACGGCGGCCAGGGAGCGGGUCGCCGAACGUAAGAAAGCAGAGCCCUACAUGGCCUUCCACCCCUUGCACGGCUUCAUCUCCGUCAGCGGGCGCGGCGGUGACAAGGCAACGGUGCCCUACUUGCCCCGAGGCCACGAGCUGCCGUUGGUGCUGAUGAACUCGAAGGAGUAUCGCCUGAGGCUUUCCAACAUGAAGACAUUCGUGAGCAAGGAGAUCACACCGUCACCGGCAGCUAGGCUGGCAAUCCACCAGUGCCUCAUGUACACGGUAGCGCACAUCAUUACCCACAUCCCGGGUUCGACUUUCAGCACCAGCUUGGUGGACUUUGUCUUUCGUGCAUCCUUCCUGCUACACCAGGAGGUGGUGCAUGCCAAACAAGCCAGCAGGCUGGCACCCACAGACGUGGCGAGGCACAUCCUGAACCAAGCCGCCAAGGCGAAUGAUCCCGUGUUGCUGCGUGAUGAGGAUGAAGAUAGUGAGGAAAGCGAUCCCAAUCCGGACAAGGAGCCUCAAAAGAAGGCCGCCAUGCGUGCCCUCGCCAAGGAGCUCCGGGAGCACCAGACCUUGCAGCAGUACGAGGCCUAUGGCCACUGGCAACGCCUUGCUGCCAAGAUCAGAGCUGAAGGUCGACCGGUGACACGGGAAGACUUGCUCCCCACAGGUGACGCGCAGCAGGCCAAUGAGGAGUUGCUUGAUAAGGAGCCGAGCUGUCAGCACGACUUCGAUGAUGAUCUGGAGAGAAUCUAUCGCAAGAAGGUCUCUGCCAUGUUCUCCCAGUGGAUCUUUGCGCAUGGCAUGCGCAUGGCGGAACUGCAACAGAGCAUGGCCUUGCUUCGCUCGCUGCCCCCGGCAGAUCUCAAGGUGUGGCUUGACAUCUUCGAACGAGAAUGGCUCUUUGAGACCCUCAACGCGGACAGACUAGUUCGCCGACCUGCAUUGGCGGAGGAGGUCGAGACGCAAGCAGAGUCAGAGGUCCUGGAGAUGCUGGGCCCUUGCCGCAUCAGGCCAGUGCUGGCCUAUGCGCUGGAGCGGGAGGAGGUGAAGCUGGACGCCGUGAGCCCAGCAGGGCUCAAGGCUAAGAGGGUAACACGAGGAGGCGAGGGCCUGGACAUGCAACGCAGUUUAUUGAGUUACAAGCGCCUGUACUUUGCCUCUGCACGGACGCGCCUGAACUGCCAGCUUUGCGCAGAUUUGAGGCCAGCAGAUCUCUACUGCUGGUGCGUGACGAGGUUUUCAGUGGGGCAGUACAACAUCUUGGCCGGCUACCUUGGAAACAACACAGAGCCCUGGUUCCUCCACGGCCUGGACCUGUCGGAGGACCGGCGCGCGCGGAUCUUCCGACGCCAUGCCAAGAAGAAGCCCAACGGCGCCUACGCCUAUAGCGGCUGGCCCAGGUAUGCCGAGGGCAUCCUCACCCCGGAGGAAAUCAAGAAGGUGGAGGCCGUGCAUAGGACAUAUUUCGCCUGGCCAAAGCGCAAGGGCCGUCUAGUGGACAAGAUUUCUGACAUGGAUUGCGAUAUCCUGUCCCUGGUGGAGUGCGACCACUAUGAGGACCACUUCAGGCCCGCCCUGGCGGAGCUGGGCUACGACUCGCUGUGGCGGAAGCGGCCCCGCGCCAACAGCCACGACGGGUGCUGCAUCGCCUGGCGCCGGCCCUUCGAGCUGCUGGCCACGGAGUCCGUGGAUUUCUGCAACGGCGUCUGCCCCCUGCAGGGCAGCAUCAAAGACCGUACCGCGGUCAUGGCUUUGCUUCAGUCUGAAGGGGAGAUGGUUUGCGUGGUCUCCACGCACCUGCACCGAAAUCCAGAGGAUCCCUCGCAGGACAUGCUGCGUGCAAGGCAGGUGGGCCAAAUCUUCCGUGCCCUCGUGGACUUCACCAGCCGACAUGGCGCUUUGGAGGCGCCCGUGAUCUUGGCUGGGGACUUGAACUGCAGCUCCUUCGGCCGGCUUCGAGGGGUGGCCAACACCCUGGCCUUGCUGAACCGGGAGGUGAUCUUGCACCCUUUUACUUUUGACACCGCGGAUGUGCCCACGGGCAACACCUCGGUCACGGCCUGCCGGAAUCUACGCCUGGAUGCCAUCGUGUACCAAACCCGCAGGCUAGAACUCCUGAAGGUCGAGGAGUGGAGUAAGUCGUCACCCUGCCGGAUGCCAAAUCAAUCGCAGCCUUCGGACCACUCUCCCAUUGUCGCACACUUCCGCUCCAGGUCGAACUUGCAUUGGAUGCGGGAGAUGGCCAAGGAGUGGUUCUCCUGCCUCUCUGGGAAGGAGGUCCAAGUGCCUCUGAGCCAGAAGCAGCUUGAAAGUGCCUUCUGGGUCUUUGAUCCUGAUGGCACCGGCAGCAUCUCUGGGUGCAGCCUGCGGAAGACCUUGGCCUCCCUGGACCUCGCGGUGCCUGAGGAGCUGCCGCCAGUGCUGAGCCGCGACUCCUUCGUGGCCAUGUACCUGGAGGCAGUGAAGGUAGCUGGGCUGCCAGGCCUGGAGGACCUGCAGGAGGCCUUUCACUUGUUGGACCGCGACCGGGAUGGGCACAUGGACCUCACGGAGCUGCUGCAGGCCUUCGAGCUCUGUGCCCCCACGGAGGUGCCCCAACAUGACGUCCAGGGCAUGGACGCCACUUUUGCAACGGGGGAGGAAGGAAGGAAGGAAGGAGGGACCUGGCCUUGA